AUGGUACUCAAGGGCAAACUCCAACUCCUGCUUCACACAUUCACCCUGGUAGGCAUCCCGGGGCUGGAGACUGCCCACCUCCAGCUCUCCAUCCCUUUCACUGGCAUUUACAUUCUGUCCCUCACAGGGAACUGCACAAUCCUCUUUGUCAUCGGGAGCAAUCUGAGGUUCCACGAGCUCAUGUCCAUGCUGGCCAUCACUGAUUUGGGUUUGUCUCUGUCUACACCACCAACUGUGAUGAGUGUUUUCUGGGUCAACUACAGGGAAAUCAGUUUUGACGCCCAUUUUAAUCAGCUUUAUUUUGUUCAUUCCUUCUCUUUCAUGGAGUCCUCGGUGCUUCUGGCCAUGGCCUUUGAUCGCUAUGUGGCCAUCUGCUACCUAUGGAAAUACUCUUGCAUCCUCACUGGUGCCAGGAUAGCCAAGGUUGGGGUGGUUGCUCUGUGCAGGCACCUCUUAGGAAUGCUGCCAUCACUCUUGUUGCAGAGAAGGCCGCCCUUCUGCUGGUCCCAUAUGCUCUCCCAUGCCUACUGCCUGCGUCAGGACCUGAUCAAGCUGGUGUGUGCAGACAUUAUGUUCAACAGCAUGUAUGGGUUAGCUGUGUUCAUCUUUGUAAUGGUACUAGACCCGUUGUUCUGCCAUGUUAUAACCUGUAAGACAAUUCUGAGCAUCUCAUCCCAGAGGGAGCAUCUCAAGGCUUUGAAUCCUGUCCUGUACAUCCCCAUGGUUGGCUUGUCCAUGGUUCCCUGUUUCGGCGAACAUGCUUCCCGUUUUGUUCACAUCCCGCUGGCCAGCAUCUCCCUGCUGGUUCCCCCUGUGCUGAACCUCAUCAUAUACAGCAUAAAAAAGAAACAGAUCUGCAGGGGUGUCCUCAAGGUCCUCAUGCCGAGGAAGAGCUUCUCCCCAUGGCAACACAGCACAUACGCUGACCUGUCCAUGUGUUUUCUUGUCACAGAGCAGCUUUUGCAGCCACUGUCUAUCGCGAAAGCCCUCAGCACCACCAUCUCCCAGCCUGCCAAGCUGCACCUCAGAGGGAUGGAGCGUGUGAGGAUGACAGCAGGGACCUGCCUCAAUUUGAGCAUCAUCUUCGUUUAUAAGUGCCUCGCCUGA